AUGAUUGCAAAACCUACACAUCCAGACUCAUUAGUUGAGAAAGAAGGUGACAACGAUGUCAUGCACCAGGAGCACAAGGAGAACGUCAACCUAGAAAUUGUUCAGGGCUCAUUGGCUUUGGAAAUAGCCAGGCGGACCAAUCCCCCGAGUCCGUGGAGUUUUCAAAUGAGAAAGCUAUAUUUAUUUCUGACUGUGGCAUAUCUCUGCUCAGCCUUGAACGGAUUUGAUGGCUCCCUUAUGGGUGCCUUGCUUCCCAUAAACCAGUUUCGCGAAACCUUCGGCUCUGGGUUGGUCGGCUCUAAAGCUUCCUUGAUUCAAGGGAUGUACACUAUUGGAGGCGUCUGCGCGCUGCCGUUUGUCGGCAUUGUCCUAGAUACUUGGGGUCGACGAUGUGGCAUGUUUGUUGGAUCUUGCGCUGUCAUUUUGGGUACCAUUCUUGGUGGUACUGCCAACCAUAUGGAUCAAUUGCUAGCCAGCCGAUUCUUGCUUGGUUGGGGAUACUCCUUGGCCUCCUCUGCCGCACCUGCCUAUGUCGUCGAGAUGAGCCACCCUGAAUACCGUGAUAUCCUGACUGGUUUAUAUAAUUGCCAGUACUUCGUCGGCGCUAUUGCCGCUGCUGGCGCUUGUCGUGGAUGCCUGAGGUUCGAAAGUUCUCUCGCGUGGCGCAUCCCAAUCUGGUGUCAGUUAAUUUCAUCCAGCAUUGUGGUGUCGACUGUUUGGUUUAUACCCGAAUCACCUCGCUGGCUCUACAGCCAUGGACACCGCGAGAAAGCCUGGGAUGUUAUCAUCAACUAUCAUGGCGAGGGCUCCCGGGAGAAUGCCUAUGUUCAUCUACAGGUCCAAGAAUAUGAAGAGGCGAUCAACCUUGAAGGAUCAGAUAAAAAGGCAUGGGACUUUAGAGGCCUUGUUAACUCGAAGGCCGCGAGAUGGCGUCUGUUAUGUGUGGGUAUCGCAUCUUUUAUGAGUCAGUGGGCCCAGGCUGGCGUCACGACCUACUAUAUUGGCGGGCUUUUAGCGACAGCUGGUAUCACUGAUACAACGCGAGUGCUAGACGUCAACCUUGGAAAUACAGUCCUUUCUGCUGGUCUAGCCUAUCUAGGAAGUUACUUGGGCCCAAUGAUCCGACGCAGACCUAUGAUGAUUGGCGCGUCUAUUGCUUGCAGUGUACGUAAGAUUUCUCGCAUGACUAUUCUUUUAUCGAUGUUCUACGCUAACGUUUCGAAUACGAAGAUCUGCUUUGCGAGUUUAGCAGCCACAACCGGGGUGUACACAAAGACACUGGAAACAGGACCGGCCACUGCUUCUAUUGUGUUUAUUUUUUUGAUUGGCGCUUGUUUUAGCUUUGGCUGGACUCCAUUGCAAGCCAUGUAUGCCGUCGAAUGUCUUUCAUACGAGACUCGUGCAAAGGGAAUGGCAAUGUACUCUGUCUUCACCAAUAUUGCAUUGCUGGUGAAUCAGUUUGGAGUCGGAAAUGCCAUCGAUGCCAUUGGCUGGCACACAUACAUCAUUUUGGCCGGCUGGAACAUUGUCCAGGGAGUGAUUAUCUACUUCUUGGCGGUUGAAACAAACAAUAGGACCCUCGAAGAGCUCUCUGAGAUUUUUGAUGCCCCUAAUCCUCGGAAGAAGAGUACGGAAGUACAACAAGUCUUAAUACCUGAGACUGAAAGCCAGGCGGUGCAAGUUUCAAGUGUAUAG